AUGGACAUUGGUGACGGCUUGAGCGGAGAGGGAGAGAUGCCACCGGAGAACCCGGCCGGGGGCGGCGGGACGGGGGCCGGGCUCAACGAGGGUGAAGAAGCAAACAGCAACGGCGUUGAAGAACGGGUUGGGUCCGCGUCGGACCUUGGUGGUCCCGUGGCCGCGCCAACCCUCGCCGUCGGCAGCGGCGCCGUCGCCGCCGCCGUUGCGGCCGCCGCCGCCGCCGGGUUCGUAAAGGUGCCGGCGCCCGCGGCAACAACAACGCCGACGACGAGAAGGAAGUCGAGGACGGUGGCGCUGACGCCGGCUAGUAGUAGCACUAGCACUAGCGCUACCAUCACGCCGCCGCCGCCGACGGUGACGCCAAAGCGAAAGGCAGCAGCAGCGGCGGGGACGGCAAGCCCGAGCAAGAAGAAGCAGCCGACGCCGAGGAAGGCAACGCCGAAGAAGUCGAAAGCCGCCGCCGCCGCCGGUGCCGCUGCGACCCCGAGGCCGAGAACGGCGGAGUCGGAGGGCAGGCGCCCUAAGCGCGCGAGCGCGGCGGCGGCAGAGGCCGCCGGUUGGAAAAUCCGGGAAGAGUCUUCGUCUUCGUCGUCUGCCGAGGAAGAGGAGGAGCAGAUCGAAGACUCGCCGCCGGCGUCGCCGAGGAGGCGACGUAGGGGUGCUUCUACGGCCGGGAGGACAACGGGGAGGGAGGAGGAGGAGGAGGAGGAGGAGGAAGAGGAGGAGGAGGAAGAAGAAGAGGAGGAGGAUGACGACGGAGAAGGGAACGAAGCGGACUGCGUCAAGCCAGGGUGCGAGUCCGACGGGAUGCUCGUUGUUUGCGACCAUUGCGUGGGGGCGGUGCACCUGGAGUGCGCGGACCCGCCGAUGAUACAGGUACCGGCCGAGUUCUACCUGUGCGAGAACUGCCGGGGCAUGUGCUCCAUCUGCCUGGACACGGCCAAGAGAGACGACACGGACGUUCGCUGCUUCCAGUGCUACCGCCUCUUCCACUCUUCAUGUCUCGACAGUGUGCCCGAUCCCGACAACUUCCACUGGAUGUGCUCCGAGUGCGUCGAGAGCGAGGAGCUAAAGGUCGAGACGAUCCUCCACUGCCGAAGCCACAAGCCCAUGAACGCUGUUGUUAGGCUCGCCCGAGUCAACAGCUUCAGAGAAAAGAAGGGACUUCCACCAAUCACGAGCAGGGGACUCCGCAGCAUCGAUUCGUCGUACCGUGGGCGGGAGUACUUCGUCCGCUGGGAGGGCAAGGCGUACUGGCACUGCACGUGGCUGUCGCCGGAGCUGCUCCAGAGGAAGUCCGCCGCCAAGCUCAACAACUUCAUCAAAAAGACGGAAGGCACGCUGACGGCUUUUCCGGAGUCGAGGGACCAGGUGCUGCUGAAGGAGUACAAGCCGAGGUGCACCCUGCCGCACCGCGUCAUUGCGCGGCGGACUAAGUGCAUGGACGGGAUCACCCUGCAGAGCAUGUACUUGGUGAAGUGGCGCGGGCUGGAAUACGAGGAAUGCACGUGGGAGAUGGAGGGAGACUUGGAGGGCUACCCGCAUCUGGUAGAGGCGUUUCUUGACCGGGAGAAGUACGGGCCCACCAGGGAGAUGCUGGGGAACCUGCACCCCCCGGAGGGAUGGGACCGCGUCACACCUCUGCCCAAGCCGACGAGGUUCGAGCUGCUGACGGAGCAGCCGUGGGGGCUGCGGCAGGGCCCCAUGUACCCGUACCAGCUCGAGGGGCUCAACUUCCUCCGACAAAGCUGGUGGUCUAACACCAACGUCAUCCUCGCCGACGAGAUGGGCCUAGGUAAGACCAUCCAGACCCUCGCCUUCGUCCGCAGCAUCCUCCACGAGAGGCCCUCCUCCGAGCACCGUCCCGUGCUGGUGAUCUGCCCCUUGUCGACCACGGACAACUGGGAGAGGGAGCUGGAGAUGUGGUGCCCGGAGCUCAACUGCGUGCGUUUCGUGGGCAACAUGAAGUCGCGCACGGUGGCUCUCGAGCACGAGCUGUUUCAGGAUGGAGACGGAGGGGUCGGGGUUCAGUGGGAAGGUGCUGCAAGCCCCCGCGGCCGCACAAGGAAAGGGAAGAGCAAGCAGAGGGCGGGGGCAGCCGGUAAGGGUGGCGUGGUGAAGGCGGGGGUGCCCAAGUUCCACGUCAUGAUCACCCACUACGAGAUGCUCCUUCAGUGUUCGCACAUCCUGAAGGCGAUCAAGUGGGAGCUGCUGGUCGUUGACGAAGCGCACAGGCUAAAGGCGGGCGCGACGUCCAAGGUGUGCCAGCUCACGGCCAGUCUGGACACGCGGCACCGCCUGCUCCUCACGGGAACUCCCCUGCAGAAUACGGUGGACGAGCUGUUCAACCUGCUGCAGUUUAUCGAGCCGCACAAGUUCUACGACAAGCUCCUGUUCAUGAGCCAGUUCACCAACCUCGAGCGAGAGGGACAGGUGGUCCAGCUGCAGUCCCUCCUGAAGCCACACAUGCUGCGGCGCAUGAAGAAGGACGUGCCCGACCUGGACAUCCCGGACAAGCGGGAGCUGGUAGUGCCCAUCGAGCUCUCGCGCGAGCAGAAGGAGGUGUACCGCGCCAUCCUGACCAAGAACAUGGACGUGCUCAGAAAGGGGGACCAGAAGAAGGGCACGUCGAGGGGUCUUCAGAACAUCGUCAUGCAGCUCAAGAAGGCGUGCAACCACCCGUACCUGUGCCGUCCGAUGGACGCGGCCUCCGUCGAGGACCUCGUGAAGGCCUCCGGCAAGAUGCAGCUCUUGGACAGCAUGCUGAAGAAGCUCCACAAGGCGGGGAACCGUGUGCUGGUGUUCUCCCAGAUGACCGCCCUCCUCGACCUCCUCCAGGCCAUUGGGGACUACGCGGCUUUCAGGGGCUGGGGCAGUCGCCGCAUCGACGGCAACACCCCGGCCGCUGAACGGCAGCGCUACAUCGACGACUUCAACCAGAGCGCCGCCGCCAACAACAGGACGAAGAAGAAGCAAGAGCAGGACGAUAACGACAACGACGGUGCCGCCGCCACUGAUGGUGCUGACGGGGCCGGAAGCGCCGAGGCCACCGGCGAUAGCGGUAAGGGUGGCGGCGACGGCGGUGGUGGUGAUGGAGAUACGGGGGCGGGGGAGAGGGGGGGGGAGGUGGAGGGAACCGAUCAGCAGGAGAAGAGCGGGAGCACAGGAGGAGGCGACAAGGACAUCUUCCUAUUCUUCUUGAGCACCAAGGCUGGAGGCCAGGCGAGGAAGGGGGCCCCGCAGCUUGCGACGAGCGAACCCCACACUAGCGUUGUCAUCGAUGUGGGCAUCAACCUAGCCACAGCCGACACGGUUAUCAUCUACGACUCCGACUGGAACCCUCACAACGACCUGCAGGCGCUGGCUCGGGCGCAUCGCAUCGGGCAGGCCAACAAGGCGCGUUUUCUAGUUCGUAGGCUAACUUGCCUGAAUGAGGUGAUGAUUUACCGUUUCGUUUCCCGCGCCACGGUGGAGGAGCGGAUCCUCGAGGUCGCCAAGAAGAAGCUGCUGCUGGAGCACGUGGUCGUGCAGGAUGGCAACAAGAGCAUGACACAGGCACAAUUUUUAGAGCAGCUCAACCUUGUGAUCAAAUACGGCGCGGAGGACCUGUUCCGGGAGGAGCCAGACGAUGAGGCGGAGGGGGGGGACACGGCCGCCGCUGCCCCCGCCGGCGGUGGUGACAACGACAAGGUGCAGGCCGCGCACGAGGCUGUGGACCAGCUACUGGAUCGGUCGGCCGUUGCGGAGGAGGAGGCGGGGGCGACGCGAGGUGACGGGGGGGACGGGGCCGCGUCGAGCUCCAACGCGCUUGGUUCGUUGCUGCAGACGUUCAAGGUGGCGUCUUUCGCUCAGGUGGAGGCGCCGGCAGAGGACCCCGAGGUUGAAGUAGCAGAAGGCGGGGGCCCCGCGACAUCAUCCGGGCGGCACCGGGGUUCAAGCCGCCGGGAGAGCGCCGGCACGGGCGACCAGGAUCCCUACUCCGCCGUCGACAUGGACGUCUCUGGUGACGGGAAGGAGGAAGACGGAGCGGUGGGCGGGGAGGACGCGGUUUUGCCUGGGGGGCCCGCGCUGUUUGGCGAGCGGCCGGCGGAUAGCGGCGCUGGGUGGGAAGAGAUCCUGGCGAAGAGCUACAAGGAGCAUCAGACGAGCCAGGCGGCUCGGCUAGGUAGAGGCAAGAGGGAAAAGACUCAGGCGAGUCGACAGGUUCGGCCUUACGCCGCCGAGGAGGACGAACACGACGCCGCGAACCACGGGGGCGGCGGUAGCAGCAACGGCAGCCUCCGUCAUGGCGAGGAGGGGCGAGAGGAAGGCGACGACGAUGGCGACGACGACGACGAUGGCGACGACGACAUGGACGAGUACGGUUCGGAGCAGCCGGACGCGGAGUUCGAGCCGCCUACCUCCAAGGCUGCGGCUGCGGCUGCGGCGGCUGCGGCUGCUGCUGCUGCGGCUGCCGCCGCCGCUUCGCCGGGAGGUGGGGGCGAGGCGCUGGCGGGGGCUCCUGUUAAGAAGACAAGGCACCGCCAGCGGGACUCGCCCAUCGAGGUGCUCGAGACCACGGAGGGUAUCAAGACCAUCGUGAGGUGCGUGACUCGCUUCGGGGUGCCGGACGGAGACUGGCGGCCGUGCAUGGAGGCGGUGGUGACGAACUCGAGGCUGCAUCUCGACCCGGCGUUCGCGAGGGACAUCGGUCCUGCCAAGCCGUUUUUGCAGAGCGCUUUGAAGAAGGCCCUGGAGCCCGACUACCCCCACGCGGCGGGCAAGCGGCGAGAGCUGCUGUCUAGGAUAGCGGCGAUGGAGCUUGUGUUCCGGAAGCUCCAAGAGUGCAAAGGAAAGCCCUUCGACAUUCAGGCAAGAGACAAGCUUUGCGGGGUGUACAUUAACCAGGCGAAGGGUGGGGGCUUGGAGGAGUGGUCGCGAGAGAACGACCGAAGCCUUCUGAUCGGUCUGCUCAAGCACGGCAACUCGCGAUACCAGGCGAUGGUGCAGGAUGAUACCCUAGGGCUCCGGCCUGCCCUCGAGCUCGCCCUCGCUAGCGGGGGGGGCGCGUCCUGGCAGCUGGCUUGGGGAGAGGACGGCCCAACCGGGCAGCCGGGGUUCAAAGGCAGCCCGGAGUGGAAGUUCGUCAAAGACCGGCUGCUCUUACUCGAGAGAGCUCUGGUGGACGAGCACCAGUAUAGGCAGGGCAAGGCUUCCCUCGAGAGGGAGCUCAAGACCCUGCUGGCCAGAUACCAGAAGUCGCUCGGCCCGAACGACCAGCGCAUCGAGCAGCUGAUAGCUAGCGUGAAGGAGGCGCAGGAGCGCGAGGUGCCAGAGCUGGUGACGAGGCUGGCGGCGAUAGAGGAGUUCCAGGCCGCCGGGGAGAAGGUGACGGCGAUGCGGCGUCGGCAGGAGGACGCUCGCAAGCGGCUGACCGAGGCGUUUUCGGCCAUGUCGGCCUAUAUCCAGCGUUACCGGUGUCAGGAAUCGGAGUUCGAUCUCGGGGCGGCGCUCAUGAAUCCGAUGGCGGACUGCAUCGCGGAAGUGCAGGACAAGCACGCGAUCGUCCGGAACCUGCACCAGGAAAACAAGGACCUGGACUUAGAGUUCGACAAGACUCUCGGGCGGUACGUGGCCAGCGUCGAAGACUUCGUCGCCAAGCACUCGGUGCAGCAGCAGCAGCAGCAGCAGCAGCAGCAGCAGCAGCAGCAGCAGCAGCAGCGGCGGCGACCGGCCGACCGGGGAGGUGGCGGCGGCGGCGAUGGCAACAGCAACGGCAUGGGUGCGAGCAACGGCCAGUACGAGGAGCGCUCAUCAUCGUCAAACAUGAUCGACCUCGCGGACGAAGAGUUGACGGCGUCGGCAUCGGGCGGGCGAGGGGUAGGGGACAGAGGGGGCUUCAGCUCACCCUCCCCUCACGGAGGUAAUAGCCAGCGGCGAGCGGGGCUGGGGCAGCGAGGUUGGGGCGGGCAGCAGCCACGGCGGGGCAGCAACGGGGAAUAUUACUUCAGUUCGAUGGGUAGCGGUGGCGGUGGUAGCAUCGGCGGCGGCGGCGGCGGUAGCAGCGGCCGGGGCGGGAGAAGAGUCAGAGCGGGGCCGUCGCGAGACGCCCAGGGGGGGCACAGCGGCGGGGGGAGGUGGUCGUCAGCGUCUCGGACGCUGCCUCGGGGGAUGCUCUUCAACCCGAACGCGGGGGCGGGGGCGGCGGGAGCAGCGGAUGGGCGGCAGCAGCAGCACCACCCCCAGGGUCCCGGUUCGCCGGAGGAGAGCGAGGGCGAGCAGCAAGUCAGGCACCUGCUGAGGGUGAGGCAGGCCAUGCUAGGUGGGGGCAACGCCGGGAUGGGGCUUGUUGGCGGCGGCGGCGGUCGCAGCAGCAGCGGCAGCAGCCGCAGAGCAAACGGCAAGCUAGUCAGCGGCGGUGGCGGCGGCGGCGGCGGCGGCCCUCCUUCCGCUUCUCGUGUGACGAGGUCGGAGCAGCAUCUGGGCGGCGAUAGGUGGCAACAAUCGCGGAGCAACGACGGAGAUGGCGCCGCUCUCGACGAGGAGGGCGGGCGCCCCACGGUAGGCCGCGGCGACAAUGAUUACGACGGUAGCGGUGACGGCGGAGGGGCUGAAGACGGCGGCGACCUUGCGGAGGAGGCGGGAAACUCGGCCGCGGCAGCGCGGGAAAUGGCCGCACAGGAGGAGGAGGAGGAGGAGGAGCAGGAGCAGGAACGGGAGGAGCUUAGCAUUGGCGGCGACGGCGGAUGCUCCCAUGAGUGUCGAAGCCGUUGCUGCCCCUCCUGCUGCUGA